UUCUGACCCACAAUUGCGACCAGGUUCACUUGCAGCCCAAAAUCCCACUUCUGCAAAUUUCUCUCGAUCUCCAAUGGUUCUCCUAGACCACCUAAAAAUCUAAUCUAAGAAUCAUGAAAAGUUAGAACUCAUGAGAGCCUUAGGUUAUAAAUAUGGGGUGCAUAUAUUUGCUCACCCAGAAACCAAAUUGAACAAGAGAAACGGAGAUCAAAGGGAAUGAAAGUCAGUUGUCCCCUAGAGUUUCCCUGACCACUUCACUCGGAUCAAGCUUUCCAAAACCCUUCAACUGAGGGUGAAAUUCCAUGCAUGCCAUCCCACUGAAGUGUUUGGGGGAACUCUGGUUGCCACCUGACCAGCUGAUUAUACCAAAGUGGUUAGUCUAAUUGUGAUUAGUUCGGUUUUUAAUUAACAUUCUUAAUUUCUCUGCAGGUCAUCAUGCUUCUGAAUUGUGUGUUCUUUCAUGCCCAAUAUAAAAUAACCAUGUUUUCAUUAACUUCCCUGCUUGUUUUCUCAAAAGCCCGGAUGACAUGAGAAUAUUGAAGCUUGUGAAAGAAAUUAUAUGAUGACAUCAUGGAGUGAAGGCAGCUUCCUCAAUACAUGGACAAAUCACGGGGGUGACAUUACCAACAGAAGGAACGCUGUUGGGGAAGUGCUAAUCAACCCAAGGACAGUGUUAAACAUGAGGUUAAGAUGGUCAUUUUUCGCUGGUAAAGACAUAUCUGCGACGCCGGCAGUAGCUGAUGGAAGGGUCUAUUUUCCUUCAUGGAAUGGAUAUUUGUAUGCUGUGGAUGCGUUCACUGGUCGUUUAAUAUGGCAGCAGAACCUUGGUGCCUUAACUGGACUCAAUGGAACAGGAGUUGUUGUGAACGUCACCGUUUCAAGAUCAACCCCAACUAUAGCCGGUAACCUCUUGAUCGUUGGAAUUUAUGGACCUGCUCUUGUGAUUGCUGUUGAUCGAUCAAAUGGGAGGCUUGUGUGGUCAACUCAACUUGACCCACGUCCAAGAGUUCUUAUCACCAUGUCCGGAACCGUACACUUAGGUGCAUUUUAUGUUGGGGUGUCGUCUUUGCAAGAAGGGUUACCAGCGGCACAAUGUUGCAAUUUCCGGGGUAGCGUUGCGAAGCUCAACCUUAGAACCGGGGUUAUCUUAUGGCGGACUUAUAUGCUACUGGACAACGGUGGUAGAUUGGGAGGUUACUCAGGAGCUGCAGUGUGGGGAAGCAGCCCCGCCAUUGAUAUAUCCAGGAGACAUGUAUAUGUGGCUACUGGGAACCUCUACACAGCUCCACCUGAGGUGACCAAAUGUCAAGAGAGGCAGAAUAACCAGAGAGGAAAACCUACCCAUCCUGAUCAGUGCAUUGGUCCAGAUAUAUCAACUUCAAUUCAAUUCUGGCGUUGGAUUUGGAUUCUGGGAGGAUUGUAUGGUCCAGGCAACUUGGCGGAUAUGAUGUUUUCUAUUUUGCUUCUUUGGUACCAAACAACCCUGACUGCCCACCGGGACCUAAUCUGGAUGCCGACUUCGGAGAGGCACCCAUGCUGCUCACCAUACACCCUAACCGAACAAGGCGUGAUGUCGUAGUUGCCGUGCAGAAAAGCGGGUUUGCAUGGGCACUAGAACGUGACAAUGGAACGAUAGUCUGGUCUAAGGUAAAAUGAGUUGCUAAAGGAGUUGGGUUUUGUGUUUCGCUUAAGGUAAAAUCAGUGUGGCAUACUCGGAGGCUAAUAAAUUUGCUGGACUUUGUAGUUGGCGGGUCCGGGUGCCAGCAAAGGGGAGAGGCAUAUGGGGUACAGCCACAGAUGGGAGAAGAGUGUAUACAAACAUUGCCAACGGCGACCGAGAAAACUUCACUCUUGCACCUUCAAGCCAGACAACAACAGCUGGCGCACGGGUAGCUCUUGAUGCAGAUUCAGGGGAGAUUUUGUGGACAACUGCAAACCCUAGUAAUGACACUGCCCAAGCACCUGUCACAGUUGCUAAUGGCGUUGUUUUUUGCUGGGUCUGCAGCUUCGAAUGGUCCCAUUUAUGCUAUGAAAGCACACUCUGGAAGAAUUUUGUGGUCGUAUAAUACUGGUGCCAGUAUAUGGGGGUAUUUCAGCAAGCUACGGGUGUAUUUACGUCGGAAGUGGGUAUUCAGUUGGCCUGGCCAAGUUUCACCCUACUUGGACAGCUGGUACUCCACUCUAUGCUUUCUGCGUUAUAUGAGGGAAACCUCUUUGUGAAGACAUCUUAGAGAUGUGGCUUCAGA